AUGCAGAAAUUUAUGGCAUCUGUUCAUCGUUAUUCUGAUAACAAGAAAACAUAUAAUGCCAAACUAAAUCGUUUCACUGGUUUGGAGUGUAAACGAUACGAGGGUGAAAUCCAAAGAAAUGAUGCAGAACUAGAAGACAGAAUACAGAAUACAGUCAAAGAAGCUAACAAUCGUCUUAUACAAUUGGUUAGUCGUUUAGAGACACAAUCAACUCAUCUUACUGAAAUUCAUUCAAUCUAUGAUCAGUAUCAAAAGCAAUUGUCUGAAUCAUUUAGUCAACUAGACAAAAUUAAAUCACAGUUGAAUAGUAUUCAAAAGUGCAUUCUACGACCAGAUGAACUGAACACUUUGUCACCUAAUAAGAUAAAACAAAUUAGUCAAGAACAGCUGAAUACGUUAUAUGCACUACAAGGUGAUCUGAGUAGAAUUGAAAAUGAUUUAGAGAACUUGAAAACUGUAGAUUUGCAUUCUCUUGAAGAGAAAUUGACAACGGCUAACUUAAUUUCAACUAAUUUAAUCAGUGUUAUUACUGAGCCAUUAUCGAAAUCAUUGAAUUAUCAGGAACAAUUAAAUGAUCAGUGUGAAAAGCUAGAAAAGCAAUUUAUGAAAUACAUCCUUACAAAUCAAAUUGUUCAAGAGUGUUUAAAUGAAUUUAUGAAUCAAACUAAUCAAAUUGGAGAUAAUCUAUCACAAAAAACUGAUGGCAGUAACAUUGAUGAUAUUAUAAUAAAAACGGAUAGACUUCCUACAGAACUGACUAAACUGAAUGAAACCUUAGCACAGAUCAACACUAUGCAAUCGGCUUCACAGACAAUAAGAAAUCGUUUAAAUCAGACAGUUGAACAGGUCAAAUCAAGUGAUCCUGGAAAAGUUAGAUCAGUUCAAUCAGAAUUAAAGCAAACAGAUGUUUUGGAUAACCGACUUGAAACUUUGAAGGAUGAUGUUGUUUCUCGAAUUUCACAACUAAAUACAUUGAGCAACCAAUUAGCUCAAUGUGAGAAUGAUUUGAACGAGUUCAACACAUGGCUUGAUCAAGUAGGAAAUCAGUUGAGCAGUCAAGCUACAGCUAAUUUACCAGAAAAUUACUUUAAGCAUAAAAUUCAAAGUAUAAAAAUGCAAAUACCGAAUCGUCAGCUUCAUUUAGACAACUUACGUCAGUCCACUAAAGCUCUAACAUCCAGGCUGCCUGACAAUGAUCCAGCUGUUAAGUUGGCUAAAGAAAAUAUUCACAAUUUAGAUAAUCGUUGGUCACAAGUACUUCGUUUGUUGAAUACUCGUGAAGACGAUUUAAAGGCAAGAGAAUCUUUCAGUGAUUCCUACAUACAAACACGCGAUCAAGUACAAGAAAUGCUUUUAUCGGCUGAUGGACGCUUAACGACACUAUCAUCGCCUAUUACAUUGAACACGAAUGCAUUAAAACAGCAAACUGAACGACUGAAUGCAUUAUACUCAUUUUGGGAGACGAUAAAGAAGCACAUAACCGAAGCUGACCGACUAGGAUCUGCAUAUGAUACCUUAUUACAUACAUCAAGUGGAAUGGAAAGAAAUUUUGCACCUGGUACAACUUCACACGAUCCUUAUGCUUCUUCAGUAAUACGUGUAUCCACUUUAACGGCUCAUAAACAAUCGAAAGACAGUAGAAUGAUGAAAAUACUAAGUCCAAUGGCUAGCAGUGGAUCAAGUGGCAUCUCCAGUGCCGAUCCUAUGUGUAAUCUACCUGAAAUUAACGAAGUCAGCCGUGAAUUAGAUGAGCUACAUGAACGUUAUGAUCAGUUGGGAAAUUGCUUAAAUGAACGUCGAAAUGAAUUCAGUUCUCUUUUAACGAAUUUAAAUAGUUUUGAAGAAACACGUUCAGAGUUGGUGAAUUGGCUAAAUGAGCAUAUGAAAGCAGUUAAUAAUGUGAAUAAAGACAUUUCGACCAUACAAUCUAUUCAAGCAUUUCGACAAGAACUGGAUACUGUUGUCCCAGAAUUAAAUAAAUUUAAUCGUCUAGUACAAAACUUGGAAAAUUCAUUUCCUCUUUCUGUAGUAAAUCAGUUGGGUGUAAACAGUGUGAAUGAACGCGUUCGUGGUGAAUUUAACCAACUUGUUAUUGAAUUAUCGAAGUGGGAGAAUGAAGCUAAAACUACAAUUGAUCCUAGUGAACACUACGCGCAAUUAGUUCAACAGUUAGACUCACAGUUGAAAACAAUACAAAGAAACAUUGAAAGUAGUCGGAAAACAGAACCUCUAAAGAAAACGGCUGAUUUGAAUAAGACAAAAAAGGAAAUUGAAGAAAUUAGACCAGUCUUGGAGAAAGCUCAAGAGUUAUGCAAACAGUUGUGUGAAAAUUUUUCAAAUCCAACUGAUCAGUACAAUAUGAAGACUGAGGUCUCAGAUCUUCAGAAUACCUAUGAUCACUUACUUAAUGAGUGCCAUAAACACGAAGAUGCACAAACUCGGGUGCCCUCACCACCUCCGGCAUCAGAAGUCAACCGAUCGAAUCAAGUAGAAGAUUUAAACCACUGGUUAUCAGUUAAAAACACUCAAUUACAAGAUAUAUCACACGAUUUAUUAGAUUCUGGUGUAUCACAAAUAAAUAUACCAGAAAGAAACUGGUUGAACGCGAAUUACAAAACUUACAGUCCAUGUCAGAGGAAUUAA